AUGUCUCUCAAACUAGACACGGCAGCUACGCAAUUUACGAAGAGGUCAAUAUAUGGGAUAGGCCAUCGCCGAAACCCUGUUGUCACGAAAGAUGGGUAUCUAUACGACAAAGAAGCAAUCAUCAGUUAUAUUCUACAAAAGAAGAAGGAAAUUGCCAGGAAACUUAAAGAAUUUGAAAAACAGAAACAGAGAGCUAAGACUGAAGCUGAAGAAAUACAGAAGUUAGAAGAGCAAGAAAAAGUGAAGAAAUUUUCCAGUCGAACUCUUGAAGCUCCAUCCCUCAAAACAAAUCAACCAGGUACCAGUAGUCAAGCAUCUGUUUCUAACAUGAAGGAUGGAAAGCAUAAAGAAUUACCAAGUUUCUGGGUUCCUACACUCACCCCUGACGCUGGUCCAAAAAUCGAGAAGAAACCAGAUGAGAAGGUACGGUGUCCAAUGAGUGGCAAACCAAUCAAGCUGAAAGAUCUGAUAGACGUUAACUUCACAGAUAUUAAAGACAGAGAUACCAAAACGGCCCUUAUAAACAAACAGGCAAGAUAUGUGUGUGCAGUGACCAAUGAUGUUCUUGGUAAUUCAGUUCCAGCUGCCGUGUUACGAACAUCUGGAUGUGUAGUGACCAUGGAUUGUGUGGAGAAACUCAUCAAGAAAGACAUGUUGGAUCCUAUAAAUAGUAAAAAAAUGACAGAAAAAGAUAUCAUUGUACUACAGAGGGGAGCAUCGGGAUUCUCAGGGUCAGGACUUUCAUUGGAGGCAAAGAAAGAGGGCGCGGCAAUGCAGGCAUAAUGCAGGAUGAA